AUGGCCGAGGCAGAGAACCGAGCGCCCCAAGCGAGGGCUGUCCUCUUGUCCAUGGCGGCUGUCGCCACCGUCUUCGUCGCCGCGAGGGUCUACGGCUGCUCGCGCAUACUGCGCAGGAGGCUCUACGUCGAGGAGUGGCUGUGUGUGCUGUCGCUCGCAAUCAUGUGGCUUAAUGUGUCCUUCAUGACGACUGGCUUUUUCAACGGCCUGGGUCGCCACAUGAUUGCUCUAUCACACGAUCAACAGGUAAAGGCGAAGUUCUGGUUUGUUGUAGGGACGCCUUUCAGCGUCACCAAUCUGGCCGUGUCCAAGAUGUCGGUCGUGAGCUUACUGUGCCGGAUCUUCAAGCCCGGAGAGCUCCACAAGGCUGCGAUGUGGGCUUCGGUGAUCCUGUGUCUGCUCGGGUUCCUUGCCGUUUCCUUUUUGGCUUUCUUCGGCUGCAAGCCUAUUCGAGCAUCGUGGGACCCAACUAUCAAAGGCGCGAAAUGUAUCGAGUCGAUCCAGUACGUGCAAUACUGCUACUUCGCUGCGGCACUCUCUGCGGCUUUGGAUCUUUACUUUGCCGUCUACCCGGCAAUCGUCUUUCACCGCUUGACUUGUAACUGGAGGAAAAAGCUCACAUUGAGCAUAAUGCUUGGAAUGGGAGUCUCAGCGUCGGCUGCCGGCUGUUACAAGACCUCGCGGCUUGAAGCCAAUGCAAGUCCUGAUUUCACAUACGACGUGACUUACCUGAUAAUAUGGACCACUACCGAAGGAAGCCUCAUGCUUAUCUCGGCCUGUAUCCCGACACUCCAUCCCGUCUACGACAGAAUACAGGAUGUCUUCAGGAGGCUUUUGGGAAGGGCAACACCGCAAGAUGACUUGGCCAAUUUCGACCAGGAGGUUGAUCAACCACAGCGUCGGAUGGGCGGAUUUUGGACAGAGAAGCUGGACUCCAUUGUCAGGUCCAUCUCGAGUUGGACUACGACCACGACAACAGCCAACACGUCCACUGUCCAGACAAGGACGUUAGAGGAGGCGGCGACUAUCACGAGGCCACCGCCUAUAAUCUGGUAUACCAACAUUGUGAAAUCUACACACGGGUUGAGAUCGACUUCAAGAGAAGCCACAGCGUACCGUCCUGAGAGCUAUCAUGACGCAUAG